GAUGCGGUUGGGAAACCAACGGAGAGGGAAAGUUUGAAAGGGAAGACGGCGUGUCAUCCGUGAGUUCAGCUGUAAUCACAGACUUCGUUUCUUCACGUUAUCUAUCUUCAAAUCUUGACGCUACAAUAGCUUUUUGAGACUUGGAAAUGGUGAAAAAGUGCUUUUGAAGUGGAUUUUAAAGACAAAAGAUUGACUUGCGUUCUGAAGAUACCAACAACUAAACAUUCCCUUCCCUCAAAUUGUCUUGAACUCAUCUGUCAAUUGAACUGCUCACCAAGAUAGCCACUGAAGCGACAUUCAGAGAAUGAAAGUUGCCGGGAUCGGACGUGAAAGGAACUUCCUCUGAUGCCUGUUUGACCAAGAUAUUCUGAUUCAAUACUUUUGUUAGUCAAAAAUCCUGUAUUAAGUGUCUCCUAUCCUUGAUAUCCUUGAUACAGAUAUAUAAGCAGAACAUCCAUUGAAGUAGAGUUAGAAAUAAUCAUCAAGAUGGGACAAGAUUCGUCAAAGAACUUUUCGAUGGAUUCCUCCAUUUUCAAAUUCAAUAUAACUGAAUAUGAGCGCAUGAGCAUCAUCAAUGAAUCCAUCAGUGAUCCAGUAUUUGAAGGAACGACGAAAGCAACGAUUCUGAGUGGCUAUGUCAUUCUAGUUUUGACAGGAAUCUUCACUAAUCUGAUAGUCUCAGCCGUGAUUGUGAGCAACUCUCGCUUGAGGGUAGCUCGCAAUCUUUUCAUUGUCAAUCUAAGUAUUUCUGAUUUGAUGCUAUGCAUAUUCUGCAUGCCUUUCACCCUUGUGGAGCUUCUAACUCGCACUUGGAGCCUGGGAUCUUUCCUUUGUCGAGGAGUGCCUUUUGUCCAAGGCGUUACCAUCUUUCUGUCUUCGGCAACUGUAUCUGCCAUUGCGAUCGAUCGUCAGCAAGUGAUCAUUAACUUCAAUGGCAAUCGUAAGAAAAUGGAGAAAGGGACCAACAACAUGAUUCUGUACACCACGAUUCUAUGGUGCUUUUCUAUACUGAUGGCCUUACCCAUCAUCUUCUCCAAAUCAGUGACCACAGUAUCCCUGGAUGGCAUGGUGCUGUACAAAAAGUGCAUAGAGCAUUGGCCUUCCAACCAUGCCAAGGCUCUUUAUACCAUCCUGAUACUAAUCGCCCAGUUCUUCAUACCGAGUAUUGUCCUGACAGUCACUCAUUUGAGAAUCAAAUCUUAUCUCAACAGAAGUGUCAGGAAGCAUGAUGCCAGGAGUUCUCCGCGUACAUCUGAACGCUUGAAGAAGGAAUUGAAAAGAAACAACCGUGCUACUGUGGUUCUAUCUUUCAUCUCAGUAGCGUUUGCUGGUAGCUGGCUGCCUUGGAAUGCUUUCAAUCUCAUGGCUGAUUUUGAUCUUUUGUCCCAGUUAAGCCCGGAUCAAUUCUACAUGGCGUUUGUAGUGUGCCAUCUAGUUGCCAUGUCAUCAAGCGUCACCAAUCCAAUUCUGUAUGGAUGGUUCAACAGCAAUGUUCGUCGAGAGAUAAGACGUAUACGUAUCGCUGUGACAAACAAUGUGUUUAGACCAUCUAAACCAAUCAAAAAUGAACGGUCAAACGGCUCGGCCAUGUGUGAAACUUACAUCAGAGCUUCAGGUAGACGAGAUUUUCAAGAAAGUCAGUUGUAGGAGAAUAGGAGAAUACGAAAUGUAGAAUACAUCGAUUCUACAUUUUGAAUGAUUCCGCCCUGCAAAUGGCUCUUCGUUCCACAGCUUCUAAAGAAUGUAACUCACAAAACAAACCGUAUAUAUUAAUGAGAUGAAUUUUGCAUAUUAUUCAGAUGAUUAUAUAAUAAAAGGAAGUUGGAUCCAUUAGGAAGCUACAUAUUUUGCUUUAUUGGAGAAUAUUUUCCAUCCUAAUGAAUUAAAGCAGCGAUACUCUUUAUGAAUUAUUGCAUAUUGUGAAAAUGACAAAUAGUCUAAUUCUUGUAUAUAAACAUUUCAAGCAUUAGAUGAACUGAUAAUGAUAAAAAUGGAAUAUGAGAUGUGAAAUGCCGAAUUAGAUAUCAAGAGAGUAAGUCGGGUCACUUGCUUAGUCACGGGAUUAUUUAUUUUUGUAACAAAUUUAGUAACUUAGUGAUAUGCCAUUGAUAUUAACAAAUUUGCUUUUUAAACGGAGCAAAACAUAAUAUGGAGAUUUAAAGUCGAGGACAGAAGAUGAAGUCAAAUGUAAAUGAUUAGUCUUUGAAUGUUUUUCCAUGUUAACAUCCAGAUAUUAGAGAAUAUGAUGUUGAACAUAAAUUUUUUUGAUGCUAGCGCGAAAUACCGAUUGGUGAUAUUACA